AUGUUCAUGUUUAUAUACGGCGUGACCUUCACAUGCGGAUCUGGGACGGUUCCCUGCGUGUUGUUCGCAGAGAUAUUCUCACCAGAGAUCAAAAGCGUUGCAAUAAUUAUUGAAUUUGAGUGGUUCAUGGUCUGCAGUUUCAUCGUGCUCUUCAUCUACAACCCGCUCGUCACGGCAGUGGGCUUGGGUCCAGUCUUCUACUUCUUCGCGGUCGCCUGCUUCUUUUCCGUCAUCUUCUGUUUCUUCUUCUUACCAGAAACGAAGGGCCUUACCGUGGAUGUUAUUCAGACGCUCUUCGAAAAGAGAAACAUUCGACGACGUUAA